GGGAACACAAUCCCUUCUUUCCCCUCCUCUCUCCCCUCGCUCCCUGUCCUCACACACACACACACGCACCCACGAACGCUCGGCACAUUCAUUCAGGGCUCAGUUUGCGGUCUGAGCACUUCCCUCUCUCCUCACCCACACACACACACACACACACACACUAGGAGUACUAUGGCCAGGCUCAGCCUGCUCCUCUGCCUGGCCAACGCUCUGCUCCUGCUGCCUCUCUGCUACGGUGAGGAGGACCAGGACUAUGACAUGACCACGCAGGACUAUGGAGAUUACAACGCCACCUUCGACUACAGCUUCUACAGCAACAGCAGCAACGAGGAACUGGACAAGUUCCUGAGUGACAGCGAGGAAGAGGAGGACCAGGAACCGGAAGUGGUGGAUGAAGAGUUCGAGGUCACAACCAUAACAACUGUGGCCGGGUCUAGGGCUCCCAAGACCUCCUCAGCCUCUGCUAGUCUGCUGUUCUCAGCAGCACUGACCCUCCACCUUCUGCCCAGACUAUGAGAGACGGGCGGUGCUUUAAGACACACACACUCACACUGAGGUAUUUUGGGAUCAACGUGCGGGGGCGGAGUCUACAGGUCCGAAUGGUGAUAGCCCCUCCCCCUGUAACUACCUGGGGGGGUUUCACCUUUACACUGUGAACUUUGAACUUUGACCUAUGCACAGCGACUGCUCACAAUGACCUCCUGCUCUGCAAACCUGGGACCCGGAGCACUGCAACCUGCACACACACACACGGACACACACACACAUCACUGCCAAAGAGCACCAAUAGUCACAGUGGAACCACAUCCUUAUUUAUCAUGACAUAUACCUUUUUUUUUCUUUUUUUACUGUAUGAAGACACAAACCCACACACACUUACAACCACAGACAUGCAGCACACACACACACACACAGCAUUCUCACGUAUGGAACACCCAAGCACACAUGACAGCAGACGGAACACAGCAGUCUCGGAGCACAACAACGGGAAAACGAUGUACCAUUUGUUUUUCAGAUUUUUGUCAGGAGAAAGAGGUUUAGAUGAGGUAGAGAUAUCAGAGCCACACGGAUGGAGAGAGAUGGGACCGAGAGUGUGAAAAUCGAGAGAGAGAGAGAACGAUGGACUUCCAAAAGUGACGGCUCCACUCAGGGCUGUUUGUGGCCACGGGCUGUAAUGACUAAGCGAGUUUGAGACGCCAUGUUUGCCUUGGUUGUGGCACAAUGCUGUUGAUCAGUCUGCCACAGGUCAUGGGAUGUUCUAUAUGGGGGAACUGGGUCUAUUUCUAGAGAGAGACCGGAUCCUUGGAGAAGACGGGGCACAGUGUGAAACUCUCAGCGCUUAACGCCAUAAAUAUGUCAGUGAGGCGGUUCUGCACGAGUGCUCCUUACCCUGUGGUGUUCCGGGGCGUCCGAGACCACGGAGGGGUGCGUUGAUAAUGAAUCUCGGAGCCUCCCUCCGUGUGACCUGCUGUGUGUGUAUUUGUUUGUGUGCUGACUGUGAGAUGCACACUGCUGGCACUUUCCCUUAAGAGCAACCAGGCACUUCUGCGUCCCGUCCCCCCGUCCCCCCCAUCGUCUCGCUCAUCCUAUCUUCUCCUGCCCCCCCCCCCCCCGUUCCCUCUAUUUCACUCACGACCGCACUACCUUCCAUCCAGCCCUCUGCCCUCCAUCUCCUGUUCCCCCUCCGAGCAAGCUACCAUUUUUGGCAUUGUUUUAUAUGUUUAAUAAGUGUGUCUAAAAUGUCCUAUAAACUGUGUGUAUACAUUCCUCCAGACUGUCUGAACUACAGCAGGUCUUUUCUGCAGGACCCUGAGACAAUGCUGGGAAUCAGAGCAGUGACACCUACAUACAUUUAAACAAACAGUUUAUUACUGGUUGAAAAAUAUUUGUAAUAAAAUCUGAAAGAAAUGUC